GGUCUUCGUCCAUGGUACCGCGGUGCAGAUGCCGGAUGUCCCGGUCUCAUCGCUCAGUGCGUGGUAGCGAAGAGAAUCACCGUUUACAUUCUCACUGGAAACAGGAGAUUGGUAAAGAAACACCGCCGAACCCACGCCAGCUCCAGGUCGAACAGAGACACCACAGCGCCGGAUAGCGGCCGUAUUCAACAGCACAGCGCCAAGAUUCAGCGAAGGGACUCAGCACCGCAGCGCCGGACAGAGACAGGAUGAGCAGAGAAACGCUGCAAUAAGCAUUAGGUUCAGCACCACAGGGGUGGACAGCGCCAGAACUGAUCAGCUGGGUUCUCAUUCAUCGCGCGUCAUAAUUCUCAGGGUUUAGCACCUCCACACUGAGAGCAUUGGAAUCCAGCGCCAUGUGCAGAACUAAUUAGCACAAUAAGACGACACGAGCACUGUUGAAGUCAAAUUCAUGUUCACAGCAGUGAAAGAAAUGGACUCCAGCAACAACGUGUAUGACAUUAACUCCAGUAAACAGAAGAAUGCUGGAGAAACACAGCCAGUCUGACAGUAUCUGUGGAGUCACUGUAUCAAUUCCAACAUGAAUCUUCAGCUGAAAUGUAAGCAGAGGGUGAAAACUGGUAAAGGUCUGAACAAUUGUGGAAUAUUGUGAGGAAUGUGGGAGAAUCGAGUGAGAAUUCAGAGAGUGUGAAGUAAUGCAUCUUGGGAGGACAAGCAAGAAGUGCAGUUAUAUAUUGAAUGGAAAAAGGUUGAAGUGUGAAAACCAACAAAUAUGCAAUUCUCCAAAGACACAGAUGGAGGAAGGUGCUUUUCUCAUCCCCUACACAUUAAUGGCAAUGUUUGGGGGAAUUCCUCUGUUCUACAUGGAGCUGGCCUUGGGACAAUACCAGAGGACUGGCGUCAUUCCAGUUUGGAAGAGGAUAUGUCCAAUAUUUAAAGGGAUUGGAUACGCAAUCUGUAUCAUAUCAUUAUAUGUUGCUUUUUACUACAAUACCAUCAUAUCCUGGGCUCUCUACUACUUCUACUGUUCAUUUACGGCCACUUUGCCCUGGACCAACUGUGACAAUCCUUGGAACACACCCAACUGCACCAACUACUUUGGCAAGAAUAAUGUCACUUGGAAUAACUUCUCCAGAUCUCCAGCUGAAGAGUUUUUUAUACGAAAUGUUCUGGAGAUUCAUAAAUCCAAGGGGCUGCAUUAUGUGGGUGUGAUCCGUUGGCAACUUCUUUUAUGUCUCUUUGUCAUAUUUACCAUCGUUUACUUUAGCCUCUGGAAGGGAGUCAAAACAUCUGGCAAGAUAGUCUGGGUAACUGCCACACUGCCAUAUCUGGUGCUUUUCAUCCUUUUGGUCAGAGGAGCCACUUUACCUGGGGCAUGGCGAGGUGUGGUCUUUUAUCUUAAACCAAAUUUUAAGAAGUUAUUGGACACAGAUGUGUGGGUGGAUGCAGCUACACAGAUUUUCUUCUCUAUGGGUCCUGGAUUUGGAGUGAUCAUGGCUUUAGCGAGUUACAACCAAUUCAAUAAUAAUUGUUACCGAGAUGCAAUUGUCACUAGUUUAGUGAACUGCCUGACUAGUCUCUUGUCAGGCUUUGUAAUUUUCACGGUACUGGGAUACAUGGCUGAGAUGCGCAACGUUGAUGUGGAGGAAGUGGCAAAAGACAAAGGUUCAGGUCUCCUGUUUAUAACUUAUCCUGAGGCCAUUGCUAACAUGGAUGGCUCCCCAUUCUGGGCAAUCCUCUUUUUUCUCAUGGUGAUAACUCUAGGCCUGGAUAGUACAUACGGAGGCCUGGAAUCUAUCAUUACAGCUGUGAUAGACGAAUAUCCUCACCUGUUUGCUAAAAGGAGGGAACUGUUUGUGCUGGGAUUGGUUGUUGUGUGUUUUAUGGGCUCUCUCAGCACUCUUACAAAUGGAGGGGCAUACGUUGUCAAACUGAUGGAAGACUUUGGAUCAGGUUCCUGUCUUAUUGCUGUAGUUUUAUUAGAAUCCAUUGCGGUGUCUUGGUUUUAUGGUGUCCAGCGAUUCUGCAGUGAUAUUCAGACAAUGUUGGGUCUCUCACCAGGACUGUUUUGGAGGGUUUGCUGGGUGGGGAUCAGUCCUGCCUUUCUAGCUUUUAUAACAGUGAGCUCGCUUGUCUAUCAGCCCCCACUCAGUCUAUUUGGUUACAAUUAUCCAGACUGGAGUAUGACAGUCGGAUACCUGAUUGGAGCUUCAUCCUUCAUCUGGAUUCCAGUAUACAUGGUAUAUAAAUUAGUAUGGACGCCUGGAUCUCUUAAGCAGCGUCUGGCAGUCUGCAUUCGUCCUGAGAAGACAAUCAGAGACCCGAAGCCUGAUUCAUUCUGCAUGAAUACUAUCCCUUAAUUCUUUGUACAUAGUACAUGCAGAAACUUUACUUUGGGAUUGAUAUGGAUUUUAAAAAAAAAAUCACGGAAGGAUUUGUGUGAGGUGGGAAGUGGAAAAGCAGUUGACACUGCAUUCAACGUUUCAGCUUCAGCAAGAACAGCAAUAUGAACAGUAAUAAGGAAUUUUUCAGAAGCUUCGACAAGGAGCUUAUUGUUAACAUAUAGAUAAAAAGACCUUUCAUUUUGUACCUUUUGUAAUUUUGUGGGUGAAAAAACAAUGCAAGAAAAUUGUUGUUACAAAACGUCUAAUAAUGUUUUACUAACUUAUCAGUACCUACCACUGAAAAAGUCUGACUUGCCAACCAUGUAGACCAAAUGUUUGAGAUUUGCAUUACUUACAGUUACAAGAACUUAUACUCAAAGAACAGCUUUUACACAUUAAACCUUGCUCUUUGUCCUGAAUUAGUUUACAGUCCUUUAUCCUAGUGCAAGAGAGCUAGAUUGUUCACUUACUCAAUUGUUUGCCCAAUCUUAAAUUAAUCAGUAAGCAAUCCCA